AACUAACAAAGAAAUUAUAAUAUAAACUCUAGUAUAUUAAAAAAUAUAUAUAAUAUAAAUACUAAUUUUUGUAGUAAAGUUAGGUUCUUUCAAGGUUUGGAAUGUUUGAUAGAAACAUGGGAGAGUCAUCAACUUGUGUCACUCAACAAUUCUCUUAUGCCUCUGGAUUUUCCAAUGAAUCCAACAAGUUCAAUCCAAUGAAAGCAAUGGAGGAAUCAGUUUCAUUUGGGAGGUUCAUGACAGAAACACUGGAAUGGGAGAAAUGGUCAACAUUUUCUCAUAACCGCUAUGUCGAGGAAGCAGAGAGGAUUUCAAAACCUGGUUCAGUUGCACAGAAGAAAGCUUUCUUUGAAGCUUAUUACAAGCAACUUGCAGCUCAAAAAGCAGCUGCAUUACUUGUAAAAAGUGAUUCACUCAAAAAGCAAGAACAUGAUGAGGCAGAAGUUGUUAACACCAAAGUUGAUGGAGCUGAAAGUGAAAAGGGAAAACAAGAUUUUGAAGGGAAUUCAAUGCAAGAUCAGAUUGAAAGUGUUGACAAUGAUGAUCCUCAUAAGGAUCAUCAAAGUGAAAAGAAAGAUUCCAACAUUGUCUCAGAAAUUUCGCAAUCAAUGGACAAAUCGACAGAUCCUAUUACUUCAGCUAGAGAUAACACUGCAGCACCAAUGAACAAUAACCUUUCAUUGAGAAAGAAGAGCUCGAAUGCUAAGUCACUUCAUAUGUCAGUUAAGUUUGCAGUGAUUAGACAAAUUAAUAAAUUAACUGCAUCAGUAAUGAGGAAAUUCGAAACUGCAAGAAUUAGUUCUGGUUCUUCCAUUGCUUCAAAGGAAAGAGAGACUCCUAUAACAACACCAACUAAGUUGCAGGAAUCUAGGAAUGAGUUGCAUAAGCACCCUUCAUUUUCGCCAUUAACCGAAAAGAAAAGAAACAAUAUGCAAUCACCAAUUAUAUCCUCCUCCUCAUUCAACUUGAAGACAGAAGAAAGCCAGAGUGCUGCAAGUAGAAAUAAGGAGGGAGGACACAAAAAGAAUAGAAAACUAAGACAAUGCUUUUGUUUCAAACCAAAACCACCACCUGAAUUUAACAAUGACAGAGAAGAUUCUAAGAGAGGCACAAAAGAGAACUCACCCAAACUUGGAAGAAAAGUCACUUCUCCUGCAGUACAAAGAAAAGGCUCUUCAUCUGCUGAGAGACUUGCUGCUUAUGAAAAUACACCUCCAAAUAUUCAGGAUUGAAUCAAGAAUGAAAGAAAUUACAAAUUUUUGUUCGAAGAAACUAAUGUACCAAUGGUAUUGUGACCACUUCUUGUUGUCAUAGAUUAUGCUUAAACUCUGACCAAGGUUUUAAAUUGCGGUUGUAGUUUGUUAACAGUCAUAACUAUACAAGGUUUUAGAGUCGGAACAAAGUUUUAUAUUGCGGUUGUAGUUUGGUUACAGUCACAACUAUACAAGGUUUAGAGUCGAAUUAGAAACCUAUAGUGUACAUUUAUUUAUCUUAGCUUCAUGAAAAUGACUUUUGCUA